AUGGGAGACUGGAAGACUAUUACUGUGCCAGUGCUGUCAUCAGAUAGCAAAAAUAUUUUUCAAUAUACCUCAGAUAAGAGUAUAUCUCCCUCAAAUAUGAACUCACAAGUGCUACGUUUGUCACUGCCUUCAUCCAAAAGCAUGCACGGCUUUUUCAGUGCCUUCUGCACAGAAGAGAAUAUUGAACAGAGUGUAUCCUACCUUGAUAGGGAAUUGACAACACUGGGCUUUCCCUCUAUUUAUAUGGAGUCCAAAGGAAAAGAAUUAAACUUAAUAUCUAUCAUAAAUUGCAUGAAUGAAUUGCUUGUACUGCAGCACAAGAACCUUCGAGCUCAGGAAGAAGUAGAAAUGCAGCAUCUGAAACUCGGUAGUGAUAUGGAUCACUUGCAAAACUGCUAUGCUAAAUUAAAGGAACAGCUGGAAUUAUCUAAAAGGGAAAUAGUUGGACUGCAAGAAAGAGACAGACAAUUGCAAAGCAAGAACAGAAAUUUGCACCAGUUACUUAAAAAUGAAAAGGAUGAAGUACAGAAAUUACAGAACAUAAUCUCAAGCAGAGCUACACAGUACAAUCAUGAUAUGAAGAGGAAAGAAAGAGAAUAUAACAAAUUAAAGGAACGCUUACAUCAAUUAGUCAUGAAUAAAAAGGACAAAAAGAUAGCUAUGGAAGUUCUAAAUUAUGUUGGUAGAGCUGAUGGGAAGAGAGGUGCAUGGAGGACUGAUAAGACAGAAGCCAGAAAUGAAGAAGAAAUGUACAAAGUUCUGUUGAGCGAUUAUGAACAACGCCAAAAACAGCUUUUAGUGGAAAAUGCUGAGCUGAAAAAAGUUCUUCAGCAAAUGAAGAAGGAGAUUAUUUCACUUCUCCCACCACAGAAACAGAAACUUAAAGAAAGGUCUGAAGAUGGGCCAGUGCUGUCAGACUUGGAAGACGAUAUUGGAGAGUUAAAUAAAGAGAAUAUGUGGGAACUGUCUUGUGAAACUGUGCGAGAACAGCUUACCAACAGCAUUAGAAAACAAUGGAGAAUGUUGAAAAAUCAUGUUGAAAAGCUAGAUAACCAAGUAUCACGUGUGCAUUCAGGAGCUUUGAAUGAAAAAGAUGUCAUUUCAAGGGAAGACCAUGAGAUGGAAACUGAAAAGCUGGAAUUGGAGAUUCAGCAGUGUAAAGAAAUGAUCAAAACUCAACAACAGCUUUUACAGCAGCAGCUCAUGUGUCCAUGUGAUGAUGACACCACUCUGUUACUACAGGACUGCUAUUUACUAGAAGAAAGAGAGCGUCUUCAGGAAGAAUGGAGACUAUUUCGAGAACAAAGAAAGAAUUUUGAGAAGGAACGAAGAAGUUUUACAGAAGCUGCUAUUAGAUUAGGACUUGAGAGGAAGGCAUUUGAAGAAGAUAGAGGAGCAUGGCUGAAGCAACAGUUCUUAAGUAUUUCUACUGAUUACAAGCACUCUGAAAAUGCGACAACUCCAAGUGCCUUCUUAGGAAGUUCUGGCCAAGACAAUCGAUUAGUGAAAUCUACAUCUCAGCAAAGAAAACCUCACUGUAUGUUGGGUGGUCCUGUUUCAGCAGAACCUUGCCAGACAUCUCAGUAUAUUGCACAUAACAGUUCUGCAUUGAGAAAACCUGCUGGAGAUAGCAAACCAAAUCAGUGGCUGGAAAAUGACAAAGAAACUGAGUAAUGCACAAAGUCAUGGGAAGACUCUGGAGUUGGCACUCUGCUACGUAGAAACUUGCACAUAGAACAACUGCCUUAG